AUGAGCAGUGUAGUUUCACGAUACAACCAUAUGCUUUUGAAGCAGCCACUAGUGACUAAUAUGAUAUCCACAGGGUUUUUAUUGGGAACUGGAGAUGUCAUUGCUCAAGUUUUUUUCCCACAAGAUCCAGAUCAACCAUUUGAUUUUAAGAGAAAUUUGAGAGCAGUGAUUUAUGGAUCAAUCAUUUUUGCACCUAUUGGAGACAAGUGGUACAAAUUUCUCAACACGGCAAUCAAACUGCCUUGGAAGAGAAAGGUACUUUCUGAGAGAACAAUUUCCACAAUGAUGCGGGUUGCAGUCGAUCAAUUGGUUUUUGCUCCAUUUAUAGGUAUUCCGUUGUAUUAUUCAGCAAUGACUAUAAUGGAAAAUAAACAACCAUACCUUGAGAAUAUUGCUGCUAAAUUCCGUACUAGUUGGUGGGUUACUUUGAAAGGCAAUUGGUUAGUGUGGCCGAUUUUCCAAUGGUUUAACUUUUAUUUGAUUCCAGUCCAAUUUCGUUUGUUGGCUGUGAAUAUUAUCAGUAUUGGAUGGAAUACUUAUUUAAGUUAUAUCAUGCAUAGUAGGUGA